UCCAGUGCACCAACGAGAUGAACGUGAACAUCCCUCAGCUGGCUGAUACCCUGUUUGAGCGGACUGCCAGCACCAGCUGGGUGGUUGUCUUCAAGUCUCUCACCACCACACACCAUCUGAUGGUCUAUGGCAAUGAGAGGCCUGAUGGAGUCAUGAGAACCAUGAACACAGAGAAACUCCUUAAAACCGUUUCUGUCAUUCAGACUCAGAUGGACGUGUUGCUUGAUUUCAAUGACAACAGCUUCAAGCAGCUUCAUAGUGGUCGUAGUGAGAAAGUCUCAGCUGUGAGGAGAAACUUGGAGCUGCAGGUUGAAGAGGACGAGCUGCAGCGAGAAAGAAGACGUCAGAAUGAGACGAAGAGGCUCGUCUGGGCCGUGAAACACUGGACUGCUGAAGACUGCAAGAAGACAGAGAAAUACUUUGACAUGAAAAAAGUUCAAUGCAAAGAAGGACUGGACCUCUACAAGAAGUUUCUAACACGAAUGACAAGAAUCUCCGAGUUCCUCAAAGUCGCAGAGCAAGUUGGAAUUGAUCGAGGAGAUAUCCCAGACCUGUCUCAGGCCCCAAGCAGUCUGCUGGAGGCCCUGGAGCAGCACUUGGCGUCUUUAGAGGGAAAGAAAGUCAAAGAUUCAACAGCAGCCAGCAGAGCGAGCACCCUCUCCAGUGCCGUCUCUUCCCUGGCCAACACCGGCAUGUCUUUCUCCAAAGUGGACGAGAGGGAAAAGCAGGCUGCCCUGGAGGAAGAGCAGGCUCGCCUCAAAGCCCUGAAA